AUGGUUGCCCUCUCGCUGAAGAUCAGCAUCGGCAACGUGGUGAAGAUGAUGCAGUUCGAGCCCUCCACCAUGGUGUACGAUGCCUGCCAAAUGAUCCGCGAGUGGGUGCCCGAGGCCCAGAUGGGACAGCCCAAUGAUUUUGGGCUGUUCCUCUCGGAUGAAGACCCAAAGAAAGGGAUCUGGCUGGAGGCUGGGAAGGCUCUGGACUACUACAUGCUUCUCAAUGGGGACACCAUGGAGUACAAGAAGAAGCAGCGGCCCCUGAAGAUCCGCAUGCUGGAUGGGACAGUGAAAAUGGUGAUGGUGGAUGACUCCAAAACAGUCACGGACAUGCUCAUGACAAUCUGUGCCCGGAUUGGCAUCACCAACUACGAUGAGUACUCACUUGUUCGGGAGAUUAUAGAAGAGAAGAAGGAGGUUACCAGCACCCUCAAGGACAAGACCCUGCUGCGAGAUGAGAAGAAGAUGGAGAAGCUCAAGCAGAAGUUGCAGACGGAUGACGAGUUGAAUUGGCUGGACCACGGCCGGACCCUGCGUGAGCAAGGCAUUGAUGACAAUGAAACGCUGCUGCUGUGGCGCAAGUUCUUCUCUGACCAGAACGUGGGCUCGUGAGAUCCUGUGCAGCUCAACCUGCUCUAUGUGCAGGCUCGCGAUGACAUCCUUAACGGUUCCCACCCUGUCUCCUUUGACAAAGCCUGUGAAUUUGCUGGCUACCAGUGCCAGAUCCAGUUUGGGUCACACAACGAACAGAAGCACAAGCCAGGCUUUCUGGAACUCAAGGAUUUCCUGCCCAAGGAGUACAUCAAGCAGAAAGGGGAGUGCAAGAUCUUCAUGGCCCACAAGAACUGUGGGAUCAUGAGCGAGAUCGAGGCCAAAGUUUGCUACGUGAAACUUGCCCGUUCCCUCAAGACCUACGGGGUCUCCUUCUUCCUGGUCAAGGAGAAAAUGAAGGGGAAGAACAAGCUGGUGCUGCAACUGCUGGGGAUCACCAAGGAGUGUGUGAUGCGUGUGGAUGAGAAGACCAAGGAAGUGAUUCAGGAGUGGAGCCUGACCAACAUCAAGCGCUGGGCAGCCUCACCCAAGAGCUUCACCCUGGAUUUUGGAGAUUACCAGGAUGGUUACUACUCGGUGCAGACGACGGAGGGGGAGCAGAUUGCCCAGCUGAUUGCUGGCUACAUCGACAUCAUCCUGAAAAAGGUGAGGAUGUGCUGGGAAGGGCAGCCGGGCGCCAAUAACUAUCUCCUCUCCAGAGAGGGGUGCAGGGUGCCCCUUCCAGCUAUCUCCAGACAGCCGUUGGCACACGGUGCUGCCAGGGGGACCCCGUGGCCCUGCCCAGGCGUCAUGUGGACAGGGGCUGGAGGGCCAGAAAAUUUCCAGGUGGGCACGAUGCUGCAGGCUCAACUGCAAAUCACCAGUGGCCAGAUGCACCGAGGGCACAUGCCUCCCAUGGUAAGCUAUCCCCGCGCCCACCGUAGGGCACAGACUCCGAGAGGUCCCUCUGGGCAUGCAGCCCAGGCCACGCUGGAUGACUUUGAGACCUUGCCACCCUUCGGGCAGGAUGCUGCGUCCAAAGCUUGGUGCAAAACCAAGAUGGAUGAGUCGAAGCAUGAGAUCCACUCCCAAGUGGAUGCUAUCACUGCUGGUACAGCCUUGGUGGUCAACCUCACUGCAGGGGAUCCAGCGGACGCGGACUACACUGCCAUGGGCUGUGCUGUCACCACCAUUUCUUCCAACCUGAUGGAGAUGUCCAAGGGCAUGAAGCUGCUGGCUGCACUGAUGGAGGAGGAGGGAGGGAAUGGGCGGCAGCUUCUGCAGGCAGCCAAGAACCUGGCGAGCACUGUUUCGGGCCUGCUGAAAACGGUGCAGCCUGCCAGUGCUGAGUGCCGGGAGCAGCUGAUCGAGGCUGGCAAGUUGGUGGCCAAGUUGGCAGAGGGCUGCAUGGAGGCCUCCAAGGCGGCCACCAGCGAUGACCAGCUCCUGAAGCAGGUGGGGGUGGCAGCCACAGCCGUCACCCAGGCCCUGAACAACCUGCUGCAGCAUAUCAAGCAGCACGCCACGGGUGGGCAGCCCAUCGGGCGCUAUGACCAGGCCACCGACACCAUCCUCAGCGUCACCAAGAACAUAUUCAGCUCCAUGGGUGACGCGGGGGAAAUUGUGCGUCAGGCUUAUAUUCUGGCCCAGGCCACCUCUGACCUUGUCAACGCCAUCAAAGCUGAUGCGGAGGGAGAAAUGGACCUGGAGAACUCACACAAGCUGCUGAGUGCGGCCAAGAUCCUGGCUGAUGCCACCGCCAAGAUGGUGGAGGCUGCGAAGGGAGCCGCAGCCCACCUGGACAGCGAGGAGCAGCAGCAGCGGCUGCACGAGGCAGCGGAGGGGCUCCGCAUGGCAACCAACACUGCAGCCCAGAACGCCAUCAAGAAGAAGCUUGUGCACAAGCUGGAGCACGUAGCCAAGCAAGCCCCCGCCUCUGCCACCCAGACCAUUGCCGCUGCGCAGCACACUGCCUCCUCCAACAAGAACCCCGCCGCACAGCAGCAGCUGGUACAGAGCUGCAAGGUGGUGGCAGAGCAGAUCCCAAUGCUAGUGCAGGGCAUGCGAGGAAGCCGUUCCCAGCUGGACAGCCCCAGCACCCAGCUGGCUCUCAUUGCUGCCAGCCAGAACUUCCUGCAGCCCGGUGGGAAGAUGGUAGCUGCAGCCAAGGCCACUGUCCCCACUGUCACGGACCAAGCCUCUGCGAUGCAGCUCAGCCAGUGUGCCAAAAACUUGGCCGCGGCUCUGGCUGAGCUCUGCACGGCCACCCAGAAGGCUCAGGAGGCGCGCGGACCCCUGGAGAUAGACUCCGCACUGGGUCUCGUGCAGAGCCUGGAGAGGGACUUGCAGGAAGCUAAGGCAGCUGCCCACGACAGCAAGCUCAAGCCUCUGCCGGGAGAGACAAUGGAGAAGUGUGCCCAAGACCUGGGGAACAGCACGAAAGCCGUCAGCUCUGCCAUUGCUCACCUUCUGGGAGAGGUGGCCCAGGGCAAUGAGAACUACACAGGGAUUGCUGUCUGAGAGGUGGCCCAGGCCCUGCGCUCGCUCAGCCAGGCUGCCCGUGGUGUGGCAGCCAGCACCUCUGACCCACAGGUGCAGAGUGCCAUGCUGGAGUACGCUGGCGAUGUCAUGGAUAAAGCCAACAAUCUCAUUGAGGAGGCGUGGAAAGCGGUGGCAAAGCCCAGUGACCCGGAGAGCCAGCAGCGCCUGGCUCAGGUGGCCAAGGUGGUGUCACAGGCCCUGAGUCGCUGUGUCAGCUGCCUGCCAGGACAGCGGGACAUGGACGCUGCCAUCUGCAUGGUGGGAGAGGCCAGCAAGAGGCUGCUCAUGGAUUCAUUCCCUCCCAGCACUAAGAGCUUCCAGGAGGCGCAGAGCCAGCUGAACCGGGCGGCCGCGGGGCUCAACCAAUCUGCCGACAAGCUGGUGCAGGCGUCGCGUGGCACCCCUCAAGACCUGGCCACGUCCUCUGGCAAAUUUGGGCAGGACUUCAAUGAAUUCCUGCAGGCAGGAGUGGAGAUGGCCAGCCAGUCCCCGAAUAAGGAAGACCGGGUGCAGGUGGCGUCGAACUUGAGCAUCUCCACGUCCUCCAGUAAGCUGCUGCUGGCUGCAAAGGCGCUCUCUGCCGACCCUGCAGCUCCCAGCCUCAAUAAUCAGCUGGUGGCAGCGGCAUGGGCCGUGACCAACAGCAUGUGCACCCAGUAGGCGCCAGGCCAGAAGGAGUGCGACAAUGCCCUGUGGGAGCUGGAGACAGUGAAGGAGCUGUUGGAGAACCCCACCCAGACUGUCAACGACAUGUCCUACUUCAACUGCCUCAACAGCAUCAUGGAGAACUCCAAGGUGCUGGGUGAGUCCAUGGCUGGCAUCUCCCAGAAUGCCAAGAACAGCAAACUGCCCGAGUUCAGUGAGUCUAUCGGUGCCGCCUCCAAAGCUCUCUGUGGGCUGACGGAGGCAGCUGCCCAGGCUGCCUACCUUGUGGGGGUCUCGGACCCCAACAGCCAGGCUGGACAGCAGGGCUUGGUAGACCCCACUCAGUUUGCCAGAGCUAACCAAGCCAUCCAGAUGGCCUGCCAGAACCUGGUGGAUCCUGCCUGCACCCAGUCCCAGGUGCUGUCAGCAGCCACCAUUGUAUCAAAGCAUACCUCGGCCCUGUGCAACACCUGCCGCCUGGCCUCCUCCCGCACUGCCAACCCUGUGGCCAAGCGCCAGUUUGUCCAAUCAGCCAAGGAGGUGGCCAACAGCACGGCCAACCUGGUGAAGACCAUCAAGGUCCUGGAUGGCAUGUUCAACAAGGAGAACCGGGAGCGGUGCCACACUGCCACCACCCCUCUCAUAGAGGCCGUGGAUAACCUGACGGCCUUUGCCUCCACCCCAGAGUUUGCCACCAUUCCUGCCCAGGUCAGCCUGGAGGGGUGCAGAGCCAUGGAGCCCAUUAUCUCUUCGGCCAAGACCAUGCUGGAGAGCUCUGCUGGCCUCAUCCAGACUGCCCGCUCUCUGGCUGUCAACCCCAAGGACCCGCCACAGUGGUCAGUGCUGGCUAGCCACUCUUGCACUGUCUCAGACUCCAUCAAGAAGUUGAUCACCAACAUGAGGGACAAAGCUCCGGGACAGUGGGAGUGUGAUGAGGCCAUCGAGGUGCUGAACAGAUGCAUGCGGGAAGUGGACCUUGCUGCCAUCAGCCAGCAGCUGGCCCCCCGAGAAGAUAUCUCCCAGGAGGCUUUGCACAACCAGAUGAUCACGGCUGUUCAGGAGAUCAGCAACCUGAUUGAGCCCAUGGCCAGCACAGCAUGGGCUGAGGCCUCACAGCUGGGGCACAAGGUGUCCCAGAUGGCUCAGUACUUUGAGCCUCUCAUUAUAGCGGCUAUCAGCGCUGCCUCCAAAACACCCAACCACCAGCAGCAGAUGAACCUCCUGGACCAGACCAAAACGCUGGCCGAGUCCGCCCUGUAGAUGCUGUAUACGGCCAAGGAGGCCGAUGGGAAUCCGAAGGUGAGCAGGAGGAGCACAUCGGUUCUGGAGGAGGCCAGGCAAAUGAUGAAGGAAGCGGUGGAGGACCUGACCACCACCCUGAAUGAUGCAGCCAGCGCUGCAGGUGUUGUGGGGGGCAUGGUGGACUCCAUCACCCAGGUCAUCAACCAGCUGGACGAAGGGCCAAUGGGCGAGCCAGAGGGGACCUUUGUGGACUACCAGACCACGAUGGUGAAGACGGCCAAGGCCAUCGCAGUGACUGUGCAGGAAAUGGUCACCAAAUCCACCACCAACCCAGAUGAGCUGGGCAUACUGGCCAACCAGCUCACCAACAACUAUGGGCAGCUGGUGCAAGAGGCCAAGCCGGCUGCACUCACCGCCGAGAAUGAGGAGGUUGGCUCCCACAUCAAGAGCCGGGUGCAGGAGCUGGGUCAUGGCUGUGCUGCCCUGGUCACUAAGGCUGGAGCCCUGCAGUGCAGCCCCAGCGAUGCCUACACCAAGAAGGAGCUGAUGGAGAGCAUGUGCAAGGUUUCUGAGAAGGUGUCUCACGUGCUGGCAGCCCUGCAGGCUGGGAACCACGGGACACAAGCCUGCAUCACAGCAGCCAGCACCGUCUCCGGCAUCAUUGCUGACCUCGACACCACCAUCAUGUUUGCCAUGGCAGGAACCUUCAAUCGGGAGAACUUGGAGAUCUUUGCUGACCACAGGGAGGGCAUCUUGAAGACAGCCAAGGCGCUGGUGGAGGACACCAAGGUGCUGGUGCAGAAUGCCACAGCCAGCCAGGAGAAGCUAGCCCAGGCUGCCCAGUCCUCUGUGUCCACCAUCACCCACCUGGCAGAGGUGGUGAAGCUGGGUGCUGCCAGCCUGGGAUCUGAAGACCCAGAGACUCAGGUGGUCCUGAUCAAUGCUGUGAAGGAUGUGGCCAAGGCACUUGGGGACCUGAUAAGUGCCACCAAGGCAGCUGCUGGCAAAGUUGGGGAUGACCCUGCUGUCUACCAGCUGAAGAACUCUGCCAAGGUGAUGGUGACGAACGACACUUCCUUGCUGAAGACUGUGAAGGCCAUCGAGGACAAGGCCACGAAGGGGACACGGGUGCUGGAGGCCACAAUAGAGCACAUACGCCAAGAACUGGCAGUCUUCUCUUCUCCCGUGCCUUCCGCCAAGGUCUCCACCCCGGAGGACUUCAUCUGUAUGACGAAAGACAUCACGAUGGCCACGGCCAAAGCGGUGGCCGCUGGCAACUUGUGUCGGCAGGAGGACGUCAUCGCCACAGCGAACCUGAGCCACUGUGCCACUGCAGAUAUGCUGCGCGCCUGCAAGGAAGCCACCUACCACCUGGAGGUGAACGGGGACGUGUGGCAGCGGGCACUGCGCUUUGGCAAGGAGUGCACCGAUGGCUACCUGGAGCUGCUGGAGCAUGUGCUGGUGAUCCUGCAGAAGCCAACUCACGAGCUGAAGCAGCAGCUGGCAGGCUACUCCAAGUGCGUGGCCAGCUCUGUCACUGAGCUCAUUCAGGCAGCCGAGGCCAUGAAAGGGAUGGAGUGGGUUGACCCAGAAGACCCCACCGUCAUAGCUGAGAAUGAGCUGCUGGGGGCAGCGGCUGCUAUUGAGGCUGCAGCCAAGAAGCUGGAGCAGCUGAAACCAAGGGCCAAGCCCAAGAUGGUGGCUGCUGCCACCAACAACCUGUGUGAAGCUGCCAAUGCAGCGGUGCAGGGCCACGCCAGCGAGGAGAAGCUUAUCUUGUCAGCCAAGCAGGUGGCUGCCUCCACAGCACAGCUCCUGGUGGCCUGCAAGGUGAAGGCUGACCAUGACUCAGAGGCCGUGAAGCGGCUCCAGCCUGCCAGCAAUGCAGUGAAGAGAGCAUCAGACAAUCUGGUGAGGGCAGCACAGAAGGCAGCUGCCUUCCAGGACCACAAUGAGACAGUGGUGGUAAAGGAGAAGAUGGUUGGGGGAAUUGCACAGAUCAUCGCCGCCCAAGAGGAAAUGCUGCACAAGGAGCGGGAGCUGGAGGAGGCAUGGAAGAAGCUGGCCAUGAUCCAGCAACAGCAGUACAAGUUACUGCCCUUAGAGCUGCAGGACGAGGAGCAGAACUGA